CAGGGUUGCUUCUUCCAGGAAAGAGGAAGCAAGCAUUGCUACGGGAAAAGGAACGCUUUAUGGAUUAGUUCCGUAAAACUCGGGUUUAUUAGUGAAGGAUAGAUCUGGAAUCCUCCGUAAUUGCAUUUCUGAUAUAAAAAUGCCCAUCUUAAACUUCAUUUAGUAAUCCCCCCUGACUUAGGACCUCAGUAGUAUUGCCCGUCAGUUGUUUUCAAGUUGUUUCUUUAACCCGUCGUUUGCGAGUAGUACGAAUACGAGUUUAAACACACUUGUUUGCUACGGCGUGUUAUAAGCGUAGUUAAAGCUACUUUUUAAAAUGGGCCGGUGUUUCUAUUUUACCACACUUGUACUUUCAGUUUCAUAUCUACUGAUACCGUUGUGUCACUCUUUGGAAUGGGGCGAGCAGUCUAGUCCCCUAAAAAAUGUGCGGUCCAUCAUCACAAGUUUGUUCGAGGAAGCCCACAGUUGCCUGGUCUCUACAUUUGGUGAAAAGAGAGUCGACUUGUCUCUCAAGUUUCUACAAAGUGGUGUAAAAUGGCUGUCAGAUGCAGUGGCAUCAGCCCUUAAUAUGGUCAUCCAGUAUGUUAUGGAAAUCUUGGAAUCAGCCGGAAUUUAUGCCAAGCUACCUUUCCAAAAAGUUACUCCGGAGGGAGUGAUUUUUGUCGCUCAGUGGGCCCUUCUGGUUGUUGUGGCCUACUGGAUAAUAUCCUUCAUCCUGAGUUUGGUUGUUGGAGCUAUAAGGCAGGCUCUGUGGCUGCUGAAGGUCACCUUUGCCAUAGGCAUGUUUGGAUUGAUUCUCAGCGACACUGGAGCCUCUGCAGAAACCACAGCAAUAAGACUAGCGGGCCUGGCAUGUGUUUGUGUGCUGUUAGGAAUCGGUACAACAUCUGCAAAGCCAGAUAGGCACCUCGAGGACAAAAUCAAGAUGCUGGAGAGACGGUUAAGAGAGAUGGAGAAAAACAAAAUGGAUUGACAGGGAUACUCUUGUCAGACCAGAAGUAUAAUUUUCUUUUCUCUUUACUGCAGUUGUAAAUCUAAGGAUGGAAUCCAGCAUGAUAUUGUGACCCUGCAAUAGAUCCACAUGUGCAUUUUGUUUAUCUAAACUUAGAAGGUGCUUCAGUAUUCCAAGAUUAUUGAUUCUCAAGUAAAACUUUGUCUUAGGGUCCCAUAGCACAAUUGGAUCUAGCAUUCGAGGGGUUUAAUUGUUAACAAAAGGACUGAAUCUAAUGUUCAAACACCGUUUCUGGAGUCUUAAGGUACAGAGAACAGCAAAUGUCUUCACACUGCAUUUAAAUAAUUAUGUUUUUGUUAUUUAUUAUUCAGGGAUGUGAUGCACAGGGCUACAGUACGAACUGUAUUUAAUCAAUUCAUUAUGAUAAAUUUGUUGACAAAAGCCCUGUCCAAUAAAUGGUCAUCUUGGCAACAGUCCACUGCAUUUUUUCCAUGACUCUGUUUGGAGUGAAUAAACCUAAGAUGAAUCCCUAAAGUCACAAAAACAACAUUUGCUGUUGCAAAUAACUGAAAAAUUUGCCUCUGCAUUCAGUCUCAUGCAGUUGUAAAUCCUCUGCGCAAGUUCCAGAUUCUCCACCACUAUUUAUUCUAUUGGAGAUGGUUUUCCUUUUUUGUUACACCCAAUUCUAUAUAUCCCCUUGAAUCCAGUGGAAUCUUUUGUGUUACGGAGAAAUUACUGAAACC